GAGGGCGCGCGCCGGGGCUGCCAGCUCGCCCUCUCCCUCGCUCGCUCGCUCGCUCCCUCCCUCGGCCGGCGGGUUUAGUCAGCCCGCCUGCAGCCGACGAGCCGCAGAGGGCCGGAGCCUCGGACGCCGCCGCCGCCUCCUGCCAUUGUUCGUCGGGCUGAAGCUGCUGCUGGCGCGGCCGGGAGCCACUGGGACAUCAUGACAACAGAGAAGAGCUUGGUGGUUGAAGCUGAGGAUUCUCAGCACCAGCAACAGAAGGAAGAAGGUGAGGGAGCCACAAACUCAGGCCAACAAGAAACUCAGCUGGAAGAGGCUUCCCAGCCGGCAGCUGAGGGCGCUAAUCAGUGUGAGCCGAAGCUGAGAGCAUCCAAUGGGGACACUCCGACGCAUGAAGACUUGACCAAGAACAAGGAACGGACGUCAGAAGGCAGAGGCCUGUCACGACUGCUCUCCUCGUUGCUCAAAAGGCCCAAGUCUCAGGUUUCUGAAGAAGAAGGCAGAGAAGUAGAGUCAGAUAAAGAAAAAGGUGAAGGCGGUCCAAAGGAGACAGACUUUGGAACCAGCCUUGAUGAAGACAUCAUUCUAAAGGCCCCUAUUGCAGCUCCUGAGCCUGAACUCAAAACAGACCCAUCUUUGGAUCUUCAUUCACUAAGCAGUAUAGAGACACAGCCAGCUCAGGAAGAACACAGAGAGGAUCCGGAGUCUGAAACGAGGGAAGAAGGUAUUGAAGAGUGCUCCAGGGCAGGCGUGAAGGAGGACCCCGAGUCAAAAGCGGAGAGAGAACCCGAGGCUUCGCAGAAGCCAGUCAGGAGGCACCGAGACAUGCACUGCAAGGUCUCUCUGUUGGACGACACAAUUUUUGAGUGUGUGGUGGAGAAACAUGCUAAGGGACAGGAUUUGCUUAAGCGAGUUUGUGAGCACCUCAAUCUGUUGGAGGAAGACUACUUUGGUUUGGCUAUUUGGGAUAGUGCAACCUCUAAGACAUGGCUGGAUUCUGCCAAAGAAAUAAAAAAACAGGUUCGAGGUGUACCUUGGAACUUCACAUUUAAUGUGAAGUUUUAUCCGCCUGACCCAGCACAGUUGACUGAAGACAUAACAAGGUAUUAUUUAUGUCUUCAGCUUCGGCAGGACAUCAUUGCUGGACGGCUACCCUGUUCCUUUGCAACCUUAGCCCUCCUCGGCUCUUACACCGUCCAGUCUGAACUGGGAGACUAUGACCCGGAACUGCAUGGCGUGGAUUAUGUUAGUGAAUUUAAACUGGCUCCAAAUCAGACCAGGGAACUUGAAGAGAAGGUCAUGGAAUUGCAUAAAUCAUACAGGUCUAUGACACCAGCUCAGGCUGACUUGGAGUUUCUUGAGAAUGCCAAAAAGUUAUCCAUGUAUGGAGUUGAUCUUCACAAAGCAAAGGACUUGGAGGGAGUGGAUAUCAUCCUAGGAGUCUGCUCUAGUGGCCUUUUGGUUUACAAAGAUAAGCUGAGAAUUAACCGCUUCCCUUGGCCCAAAGUGCUAAAGAUUUCUUACAAACGUAGCAGCUUCUUCAUCAAGAUCCGACCUGGAGAGCAAGAACAAUAUGAAAGUACCAUUGGCUUCAAGCUUCCCAGUUACCGAGCAGCUAAGAAAUUAUGGAAAGUCUGUGUGGAGCAUCACACGUUUUUCAGACUAACUUCUACAGACACCAUUCCCAAAAGUAAAUUUCUUGCCCUGGGAUCUAAAUUUCGAUACAGUGGCCGGACUCAGGCGCAGACCAGACAAGCCAGUGCUCUGAUUGACAGGCCCGCCCCUCACUUUGAGCGGACAGCAAGCAAACGGGCAUCCAGGAGCCUUGAUGGAGCAGCAGCUGCUGAACCCACAGACCGAAGUCCUCGGCCCACCUCUGCACCAGCCAUUGCUCAGAGUCAGGUCACAGAAGGGCCAGGGGCACCUGUUAAAAAAACACAGAAGGAAGAUGCAAAGGUUGAAGUGAAAGGGGAAGAAGAACCACCUGAGCAAGCUGAGCCAGAGCCCACAGAAGCGUGGAAGAAAAAGAGAGAGAGACUAGAUGGUGAAAACAUUUAUAUCAGACAUAGCAAUUUAAUGUUGGAGGAUUUAGACAAGAGUCAAGAAGAAAUCAAAAAGCAUCACGCCAGCAUCAGUGAGCUGAAGAAGAACUUCAUGGAAUCGGUACCCGAACCGCGGCCUAGCGAGUGGGACAAGCGCUUAUCCACACACUCGCCCUUCCGAACUCUUAACAUCAACGGGCAAGUCCCUACUGGAGAUGGAAGUGUUAAUGACAUUCGCACAGAGGAGGUGGCUGUCGUGACAAAAGGGCCAUCCACCUACCCUGCCUCCGAGUGGGAGAGCCCCAAGCAGUCAGUGGUCCCUAGUCAGAAUCUGAUGACCACCCCACCGGCGUCUCCUCAGAGCUAUGGUUCUGGCUCCCUCUCCAUAAACAGCAAGGAGGCGGAAGAGAAGGAGCAGGGGACAGCUGGCUAUCAUGAUGCUCAUGAGAUGCCAACAGGCCCAAGUGGGGAAUGUUUAGGAGUGGAGGAACAGCCCAAUUCCAUAAGUUUCCCAGUAACUCCAGCUUCCUGCCAGCUGCAACAUGGUGGAAAAAAGGCAGAGAGUAGUGAAGAGCCAGUUGCACCAGCAGAGACCCUUGAGACCCAGAGCGGAUCCUCUCUUGACUCUCGCGUGGGUAACCAGGUCCCCACCCUCAUUCGAAGUUUCCAGCCUCCCCUGGUAAAGACUCAGACUGUCACCAUCUCAGACACUGCCAAUGCUGUGAAAAGUGAAAUCCCAACCAAAGAUGUUCCUAUUGUCCACACUGAGACCAAGACCAUCACCUACGAGGCUGCCCAGACUGAGGACAGCAAUGGGGACCUGGACCCUGGAAUCUUGCUGACAGCUCAGACCAUCACUUCUGAGACCACAAGCAGCACAACCACAACUCAGAUUACCAAGACUGUCAAAGGUGGAAUUUCUGAGACCCGGAUCGAGAAGAGAAUUGUGAUCACAGGAGAUGCUGAUGUUGACCACGAUCAGGUCCUUGUACAAGCCAUCAAGGAGGCCAAGGAACAGCACCCAGACAUGUCAGUGACCAAGGUGGUCGUCCACCAGGAGACCGAGAUCUCUGAGGAGUGAGCUCAGGGACUGUCCUGUCCCGGUCCCCACCCCUCCCCAUCCAAGAGAAGCCAGCAUAUCGUAAAGAAGCCAGCCUGCAACAGUCAGACUUUGAAGACUGUUCCACACCACAGAAAACCAACUUGAUUUUCUACUGGAAUUUAUACCGAGACUCUUCAGAUACCACAGCUGUUUUCUAUAUUGUGAUACAGAAAUUGUCAGCUUUUCAGUCUAUGAACUGUUUUUAAGACAUUUUGGGUUUUUUUAUGGGGUGGUUGGUGACCCUUCAGCCUCUCCUCACUCAUUUCCAACUCAGACCCUGACAGGAUCCACAGACUUCCUGAGAACCCUCCAGAGACCCUGUCAGCGGUGAGGCCAGAGCCAGCUCAUGGGGCCUCCUGCUCCUUCUGCAGUUUCCUAUCCUGGAUGACACAGAAACUUCAUGCACCAGUGAAUGUCAGGCAGGGCAGACGACCUGGUCACAGACGUCCCUUUGCAGGGUGUUUGGUGAGGCAGGGACCUCAGCUGAGCACCUGGUGUCACACACCCUACUUCUGUUGGGAGCUGUAAGUCAGAGACAUCAGUUGCUUCAGGUAGAACUAAUACUGUGAACAUUUGAAUGCAUCUGUGUGGCCUUCACCUCCCCAGCUGUCCUGUCCCUCGUCAGAAACAGCAGCUUCGCCAAGUGUUCCCCAGCUCCCAUCUCAGGAGACCAGAACUUACGGAAAAAUUAGGCACUCUUAGCCAAAAGUGCCAGUGGAACAUUUUUAGUCGUAGUUUGGGAAGGAAAAGUUAAUGAGGUUUUAAAAAUCAGGUCUUGCUGUUCAGGAGAGCGCUUCACCCAGGGGAGUGGCGACCUUACCUUGGUUGGACCCCACGAAGAGUGCUCCCAGCCUCAGCUGGGGCCGCCUCCUCCACGGUAAGGGAUGUGGCUCAGGGAAGAGGGUGUGUGCGCUCUGUGCCUGAGGGUGCCCUCCAGGAGCAAGGGUAUUGCUUACCUCCUGGUGGUCAUCCCUGAGUGGGGUGGGUGUGAGCAACUCUGCUCAUGCCCCAAUGCUUGAGAUGUCUGUCGGGUUUUUUUGGACUUUAUUUCAUUGUGGAUUUGGGAUUUGGUUUCCUUUGUCUGUUUUAAUAUUGGUUUUGAAAAGGGAGCCUGAUGUCCCCAAUUGGUGGUGAGAAUUUGUGGCCUUUUUUUUCCCCCCUUUUCUCCAAACAGGGCCUCUGUAAUCCUCCAGCUUACUUCCUCCAAACAGAUCUGCCUGGGAAGCUUCUUAGACUCCUAAUUCUAGGCUAGGAAUGAACUUCAUGAGGGUUGACAGCGGGUCUCCGGUAGCACUGGCUGAAGGACAGUGAGCCAGCGUAAAGAAGGGAGCCGCAGCAGUCCCCAGCCUCCUGGCCACGUGCUCUUUACUCAGUGACUUUGAACUGGUUUUGAGUGUGCAUUUUUCUUUUAGCUCCUGUGAAACUGUUAGCAACAGCAGCUUGCUCUCAGGAGGGAAAGCCUUGGGUUCUGCUCCCAAUCACAAACCUGCAGACUGUGGUAUGGGGCCUGGUGAGACUGAGCCAGAGGAGGAUGUGCUGGGAGUGGAGUUAGCAUGGACUCCGGCUCUGAGACCCAGGAGGAGGAAGAGAGGGGCCGCUUGCCCACUGAGAGCUGUGUUCUGGGCUAUCCUCAUCAGGCCCUCAAACCUGGGUCCCUGACCUCUGCUCCUCUCUGCUGCUUUUGUCUGGAAAUUGGACCAGAAUUCUGACAUCCCUCCAGGCCUCCUCCCCCUCCUUUGCCGGCUCUGGCAACAGAUCUUGGGAUAUAGUAAUUGUUUGGAUUUUUUUUUUUUUUCUUUCUGCAGUUGGUGUGAGGAACAGACUCUGUCCAGGUAGAAGUAGUGAGGGGGAGGGGAAUCCCAUCUCCGGGGUCAGGGACUUGGCAGGAAUUUUCCCAAAGUGACUCAGGCAAGCACAGUUAACAAACCCAACUGCAG